CUUGUUGGAAUUGAUUUCAUAAAUUUUUAAAAGAGUUUCACAAUAUCCAAUCUCCCGAAUAACAUUUUACGAAAAAAAUCUCUUAACAUUUCAAUAAUGCAAGGAAAUAAAUCACGGGUUUUGCAAAGAAUGAUAUCUGAAAGAUGUUUGAAGAAAUUACAAUUUUAGAAGCAAGAUGAUAGCAUAGAUGCCUCGUUAUUGGUUUCUGUGUGACAAAAACUGAAACAAAGGGCAAUAAAGUAGAGAUUAAUCCCGGCUUAUCUGAGGGACUCACUAAGACAGUGUUCUACAGUUUACAGAGAGAGAAGAAUGGCGAAAGUCUUUCAUGAUAACGGGGGUCGUUUGGUGUGAGAUGACAGAGUGAUACUGCGGUUUAUGGCGCAAAGAUGUGAAUUGUGGUGCGGAAUCAGACAUGUACGUUAUACUCAGGCGACUUCUGUCGUCCUCCAACCUUGUAUGUAAUGGAACAAAUUCGGACUGUAGCAGCGAACCCAACGUGGGUCUGGCCUUAAUGGCGCUCAUCGUUGGCGUCAUUCUAGCACUCUCAGUGGCCAUGAAUAGCGUUGUUUGCCUUGUUUUCUACAAAAAGACUUAUCUCCUCAGUGUUUCCAACAGUUUUGUACUCAACCUGUCCUGUUGUCAGUUGUGUUUAUCUGUUCUUGUUGUUCCGUUCGUUUUGGCGUCUAUAUUCUCUACUAAGUGGGCUUUUGACGACACCUUUUGCAAGGUGCAAGGAUACUUCUUUACUAUAUGUAUUAUCGCCAUCCAGUUUUCUCUCAUGAUCAUCUCCGUAGACCGGAACUACGCCAUUAUCAACUCCCUCAGGUACCCGUAUGUCUUCACACCAAAACUAGGAAACGUCUUGAUAGCAUCGGCCUGGAUUUUGAGUGUUAUGAUUGCUAUGCCACCUCUUGUUGGAUGGGGCUCGUACGUUUAUAUUCCUGAUCAAUAUCUCUGUGGAAUGAAUUGGAAAUCUGGAAAACAAUUCCUGUUAUUCCUUAUUGUGAUUUGCUUUCUAGUUCCUCUUUUAGUGCAGGGCUGGUGUUAUUUAAGCAUAUUCAAAGCCGCCAUCGGUCAAACUAAAAGACGCAGUCGUGUUUACCCCUCUAUGCCCUCCACGGUCCGUGAUCCGCCCAGCAAUUCCUCAGGUAGCAGUGAUAUCUCACAAAGUGUGCAAGUACGGUACCGAAACGUAGAGUGCAAGGCUGUUCGAACAAUUUUACUGAUAGCUUUUGCUUACGCCUUAUGUUGGGUCCCUUACUUAACUAUCAUAGUCAGUUAUGUGAGAGACAGCACAGUGACGCCAGAAGUCAAUUCUCUUGCCAUUUGUCUUGUAUUUUGCACUGGAAUAGUCAAUCCCAUCAUAUACGUGUUUAUGAAUAGAGUUACGCGUCACGAGAUCAACAAGUUCUUUUGUGACACGAUCAAUAAGGGCAAUGGACGGACGACGUCAGGAAAUGACAGCGAUGAAUUCUAUUCCACAACCAUGACGACGUAUUCAUCAUCAAAACAAAAUGUGACGGUGUGGACAACCCAGAAGAUGCGCAGUAAAGUCCCGCCGGCGUGUAGCAUAGAAAUGAAUACUAUUCAAGAGGUUCGUGAACUUUCCUCACCAAGUCCUCUAACAACGGAACAAAAUGGCGCUAAUCAAACUGGUGAACUGUCCAAGUUCUCAGAAAAUGCUAUAAACAUAGGUGAAACAAGUCAAUUAAGUGUAAUGACAGCUUCUGGUGAAUCAUCUACAUAUUCUGAAAGAAGCCCUGAUCAGCACCAGAGGAACAGGCUUCUUCUGUCGGUUAGUCGAGACACUACUCCACAAACAAGUCCCGAAGUGGCCCGACAAAGGGUGUGUAGAGCACAAUCCGAGUUCUUAUCAAGAGGAGAAACGUUCUUGUCGCAGAAACGAAAAGAUUGUGGAUCAUUUCUUUCUUUCGAAGGUAAAUGCAAAGAAGUUCAUGUAAGCCGAAAGCGCUCCAAUUCACACUAUCAAGAAUCGUCCAAAUCGUCGUCGUUCAUAAAAUCUCCUACUUUACCGUCGACAUUGAAACACAUGACUGAAAUGAAAAGAAUAAACAAGGAGUAUCCCCGGCGUGAAAUAUAUUUCUCUGAUCCGUCCUUUCGAAGCAAUCAGGAAAUGUCCAUUGCAUGCGAGGGUAGAAAGAGGGCUAUGACAAUAGGCGAAAGCCGUUUAACUAAAAUGUAUGACAAGGACCUCAAAAGAUUUCCAAAGGAUGAUGCGAAUAUUGCUUAACUUUCGUCUGUUUUAUAUUGUUAUCGGUGUUUUCCACAUCACGUUGUAUAAAAUUUCAAAGAAAACGUAUGCAAAACUUUCAAGCGAUUCUUAAUGUGAAAAUGUAUGAUUCCAUUAAAGAACUGAAAGUAGCAAAAUGCC